CUGAAGCAUGAGCACACUCUUACAGUGUCUAUGAAAGCCUUGGUUUAUCUCCACUAAGAAAGUAAAGCAACAGGCAUACAUAGAACCAGGAUGGAUCCAGCACCUUCAUUUCUGCUUGAAAUGGACCCAAAUGACAGAGGGAACCACGCUCAGUCAGGAGCUCCGGUCUUCCCUCAAGUCUACCCACAAAAUCCCCACCAGCGUCUCUCUGCUGAGGGAUCUCCUUCAAAGGAAAAGCCAGAUGUCCACGAAACAAGAUCUAUGCAAAUGCCCAGGAAAGAAGUCACAUCUUAUCAAAAAAAGCAAGCUGUGCAACAUUUCCCAGCCCAGGUGAGCCCCACCCAUGCCCAGGCGCAGGCGAGCUCCAUCAGUGUGAACUUCCUGCCAGCUACCUACCCCCCUCCUCCCCACCUCCAAGCUUUAUCACCUGGUGCCGUACCACAGUUCCUGUGUCCCCCCUGUUUUCCCCCGCUGUCCUACUGGCUGCCCCCUGCUUUGCCGCACGGCCCCAGCUACAGUUUCGGUUUCAGCCCCUAUAUGCUGCACCCAUUCAGCAAUCCACCAGAGUUCUGGUGCAACCCCGGGCUCCUCCCACCCAUCUUGUGUCCGCAGAUAAUGCCAAUCCAUCAGACAUGUGCUGCAGACCAGGCCUCGGGAAGCAUGCAGAUACAUGUAACUCCCGCAUCAGAGAGGAGUGAGGGAGAUCAGAGGUCGAUGAAUCACGUAAAAGAGGACCAGAAGAGCAAACUGCAAGAAAGCAACCCAGGCAAUGAAAUAAAGAUAGCUGAUUUUCCAGAGCCUUCAUCCUUUUGGAAUGAGGAACUGAUGAAAGAAGAUGGCUUUGAGGAAUGCAUGGCGCGCUUGGACUUCUUCUUUGACGAGCUGCUUCCUGCUCAGGCUAAAGAGACUGGGGAAGAGGAGUGUGGAGAGGCUGGGGCACUGAAUUUAGAAAACAGCUCACUCCUGGAGUAUGUGGGUGAGCUGUGCAGUGAUCCAGAAUUUGUCAGUAAGGUGGAGUCCAUACUGGACAACGAUACCUUGAUACCCCCCCUCUCUUCAGACCAGGACCCCCUUGAGGUUUUCACACAGGGAGAGCGAAAGGAGGAGCUGCCACCACUUCCUGCAAACAGUGCUCCCCUCCCUGAAGAAACAGCUCCAGCAACACCAAGUUACGAAAAACCUUUGCAGUCGCUCUUUUUGGCCCCCGCAGGAAUCCCGUCUGCUGCCAGUCCCAAACAAAAUUCACCCAAGAUGAAAGACUGGAUCCGCUGCGCCCCCCUCCUGCCCUCACACCUUCUAGAAGAACCACCUACAGCUGACGCUGCAGCUGAAGGCCCUGUGGAGGACCCAUUUCCACCACCUGAAGAAUCCCAGACCCCUCUGGAUGCCUGCUCUGCUCCUUCUCACAAUGACAAUUUUAUGUCAAUGGUGCACUUGUUUCCAGACACCAGCAAGGUUUCUGAUCUGGAAAGCGAUGACAGACUGGACAACUCAUGCUCCUUCUUAAACCUUAGGAAGCUGAAGAUUAAGACCACGCCUCCACCUGUGGAGUCCCCCUCAACCUCCAGAAUGGGGCCCAGUGUGAGUGCUGAUGAUUUGUCUUUUGCAGUGCACUCUGACCCAGACUCCUUUAAUCUCCCAGUUAAAAGCACUUUGUCAGAGUUGGAGUCUGAAAAACAAACAGAAAAACCAGCUAAACCCAGAAGAGAAGCGCAGGGUGAAAUGAAGGGAAAACGUGUUGAAAUGAGAGGGCCACAGAGGCAGCAAGUUAUGAAAGGAGGAGAGAAAAAGGCGGGUAGAAAGACUCUUGAAAAGGAGGAGAAGGUGCGCAUGGACAAUAAGAUCAAAGUUAAGCCCAGCAUCCUCAUCAGAAGCGAUCAGAGGGUUUUGGAUAAACGCAAACAAAAGAAAGAUGGUGAAAGGAAAACAAGUGAAGAGAACAGAAAGAAAACAACUAAACUCACCCCAAAGAGAAAUGAAGCAGAACAGCAGAAGAGACGAGAAAAGCAGUUAUUUAAGAGAAAGGAAGGCGACAAGAGGAGCCAGAAAACAAAAAUAACAAGCACUGCAGAGCAGCUUUUGGAGAUGGCAAAGAAGGAUCCCAAAGCAGAGGCAGGGAAGCAGGGUGAGCCCUCUAACCCGACUUUCUACAGUGGAACGCGGGUAAACAGGACUCUUUUCUCCACACCAAAAAGAGGGCAGCCAACUCCCACAGCUAGAAGCAAAACCAAGCACUCCCAGGAGGACAGAGAGCAGACUGGGAAGUCCUCACCUGAGGGGGAAGUGGAAGGUAUGAAACAGGAAGCAAAGGAUUUUGUGCUUCAGAAUGUGAACAUGAUAAGCCCGGUCAAAAGAAGCAGAAGCAUGAGAGGUGAAGAAGUGAAGGCUGGUGCUGCAAAGAUCAGAGAGAAGACCGUUUCUGCUCAUCCAACCAAAGAAAGAAAGGCACCUCUGGAUGAGGGAUGCAAGCCUGGGAGUUCCAGCUCAUGCCGGAAAUCGACCUCUGCAAACACAUCUGUGACGACCUCUGGAUCCCCUACAGCCCAGUGUCGAAAAAGCAAAAACGUCUUUGAAGGCACAAUUUGGAACAUGAGGCCCCAGAUCCAACCAUCAACCGCGUCAAGUCCUAAACCAAGUCCAGGGGCUGGAGUGCAAGAUGACAAAGGGCCGCGUGGAGAGUGCCCGAGCCUCACAGGAAGUCCAGUGAAAAGACUCAGGGAGAAAUGGGAGGCAACCGGAGAGAGGGGGCAAUCUGCGGAUAACAUGAGGAUGGAAAACGAGCAACUUGGGCCAAAAAAAAGCACAAAGAGGAAACAUGAAGGGACGAAAAAGUCCAAAGGCAGCAAACAGAAUUAAAUA